AGUGAACUGUAUAAAAAAGACAACAAAAUUCGGUGUCCUACCAGCUCCGUGAGGUAGUACCUUUGCUGCCCACGCUGGACAGCUCCGGUUUACCGGAGAAAGAGACAGUGAAGUCUCUCCCCGGCGUCCACCGGAGGAAACUCCUUUGUGACGGCUGAAGGAGGUGCGAUCUGAAAAGACUAUUUGAUCGCCCCCCUGGCUCCACUUUCACCACGGAAUCCGGGGAGGUCUCAUCACGGGAGCGGAUGAAACAACGUUUCAGAGGUUCGGUGGAUAAAAGGUGAACGUAUCGGAUAAAGCCGCUGGAGCUGGACUCGUCCAGGGAAACCAAGCCUAGUUGUGCUUCAUCAAGGUAAACAGAGGAGUUCAAUCACAAGUUUGCCCAUUCACUCCAGAAUGAUUAGUGAAGACUCCGUCUCCCUCAAUCAGAGGACAUCAGGAUGAAUGAGGGCCCCAACGUAGGAUCAGGGACAUUCACUGUGGACGCUGACGUCAUCCUCCAUGCUGUGAACCCUGCCGACAAAAAUGGGAAUUUAUGUCCAGGCUAUGUCCAGGGAUUACUGCAGGAAGACCAGGAUUUCAGCCCUCCUCUGGUGUUUGCUAAGGAAUACAUGGUGGAUGGAAGACUGAUGGAGAAUAAUCAUAUUGACCAUCAGAAAGGUGACAGGUCAUACAUCCCAAAAGCUGAUCAGUUUCACCUUUCCAACAAGAAGGGAUCUCUGGAUCUUAGAUUCACUGUGUCUAAUCACGUUGCCGGCAUGCAGCAAAACUGUGCAAGUAGUGAAUGCCACAAAGGUGCCAGAGCUAAAGUGUCUUACGGUGGAAGCCAAGAGACACAGGAAACUGAUUGGUCAGUCCAAGAAGCUGAAAAUAAGAAAGAGCCUGAUUUAGUCAUUGAAGUUGGAGGGCAGACAAUCAACGCUCACAAGUCUGUCCUGGCAGAGAAAAGCGACUACUUCAAAGCUCGGCUGUCACGAGACAUUCUGAAAGUGAAGGGCGUGAGUUAUAAGACUUUGUCUACAUUGAUUGACUAUGUUUACACUUCUCAGAUGAAUGUUAGCAAAGACAGUGUUGUAGAUGUUAUCACCGGGGCUAAAAUCCUUCAAAUCCCGUGUGCUGUCCAGGCGGCCAUGGACUCCAUGUCUGAUCAAAUCACUGCAGAAAACUGCUAUGAGAUUCUGAGCAUCGCAAAAAAGCAGCGUCUGAGUGAACUGAAGGAAACAGCCUACAGAUUCUUGAGUGACAAUUUCCUCCAGAUCCUGAAAGACCCCGCCGUGUACGGGCGUCUGACUGGAUCUGAACGGGAACUGAUCUUGAAGAAGAGAAUGGAGGGGAAGAAGACUCUGAUGGUUGCAGAGAUAAAUGAUGUGUUUGAUCGUGUCGGGAGCCUGCCACCGAGUCGCUGUGGCAGCCGGCCGCAGAGCCCCUUGUCAGUGGGGUCUUUGGAAGACAGCCAUAUGAUUUACUACUUUAGUGAAACACUAAAUGACUGGAGAUCUUUGACCGCCAUGCCUGAAGACAUAAACACCAAAGGGUGCGGGAUCUGCACCAUGUAUAACUAUCUGUUUGUGGCAGGGGGGAUAAUGGGCUACGGGGACAAAGGCAAGGUUUCAGACAAGGUCUUCUGUUACAACCCCAUAACCAACUGCUGGACUGAAGUCAGACCUCUGAACCAGGCCCGUGCCCAGCUGAAGCUUGUGUCUAUGGAUGGCUACUUGUAUGCCAUUGGAGGAGAAUGUUUGUUUACAGUGGAAAAAUAUGACCCUCGGAUGGACCGCUGGACCACAGUGGCCCCUUUGCCCAAGGGAGCCUUCGCAGUGGCUCACGAAGCCACCACCUGCAGCGGAGAACUUUAUGUUUCUGGAGGCUCUCUCUUCUACCGCCUCCUUAAGUACGACCCUAAGAGGGACGAGUGGCAGGAGUGCCCCUACAACAACAGCAGGAAGAAGUCCACCGACAUGGUGGCCUUCAAAAGCUUCAUCUACCGCUUUGACAUCAACCGUGAGCAAGGCAUCAAUGUGUUCAAGUACAGCACCAUAGUGAAAAUGUGGCACGACUGCAUGUCACAGAGGCUCGGGAGUCAUUUACCCUUCAGGUGUGCCGUCAUCGGGAACUGCAUCUACUGUGUGAACAAAACCCAGACUCUUCAGUUUGUAGUGGAGGAGGAGAACGCCUACUUUGUCGAGGAGACGCUGCGGGCACCUCUGGAAGCGAAAGGCAUUCUUUUUCCUUUUGUUCUUACGUUGUCUGAAAAGCCUGACAAAAUGACAUAGUCUGUAUGAUCCAGAAUAACACAAUACAUGUGUCAUAGCACAGCUGGAAUAAGCAGAAGCCCUUAUAUACUCUCUUCACUGUCAGCUUUCUAUCUCAGUGUCUCAUUGCCUGCUUGCAUCAGAAUGUGUGUACUGUAUUUGCAUGGCCAUUUAAUGCAUCUACAGGGUUAAGCCUUGAAAGGAAAACUCUUUUUUUAAUGUUGAAUGAAUGCAACAAUAUUUGUAUUUGACUGUAGAUAAUGACGUAAUGAAAGUGACUGUGUAUUUUCUGUGUUCACUUUUGCUUGGUGCACUUUGGUAGUUAGAAUAGAUGUUAAUUAGAACAUACUAGCCAGUUGACUGUUGACUGUAGUAACAAAAACAAGUAUGAAAAAAGUGUGAAAAUCCUAUAUAAUAGAUGGAAGUGGUGCACUCUAUGAAUGAUGCAACAGGUUCUAUGCAAAUCCAAGUGAACAUACAGGUGGGCUGCUGUAAUACUGUGCUAUUUAAUAAUUACUAUGAGUGUUAUCUGACUGGAAGGAGUGUAAUAUUUCUCAAACCCUGAUUUGCACUGUCUAUAAAUUUCCCUGUGAAACAAGGACACAUGAUGAUAAGUAAAACACUAAGGUAUACAUUUUCUAAACCACUCAAAUAUUUCUUAUGGUGAAGGAUUUAAGGAGUAUCUCGUACCUAUUCAAAGGACCUGAACCCAUAAUGAUCAAAAAGCACACAAAUGGUAUUUAUUUUUACAUUCAGUCAAUAGAAAUGGGUGUAACAGUUUUUUAAGCACAAUUGCCAAAGAUCCAGCCAGGCUGUAAUAAACUAAUCAAACUGACAAAUGCUAUAUUUUCACCUAUUUAAAGAUUUCCACAGUUAAAAAGUAAAGCUAAAUAGCCUGUGUUUUUGUAGGAGGAGGUUUGGUUGCUGCUAACAAGCACUUUCUGGAAGGUUUAGGAAAGCUGUUGCUCAGAACACACAGAUUUCUUCUUUCAUCUUCCCUGUAUGUGUUGUAGAGAGACAGAACCCCGAUCACCUGCGACCAGGUUCAGAUCAGAUGCUCUCUGCUAGUUCAGCGUGGUCGGGUCAUGGCCUUCACUGCUUCCACAAACAAGACACCUUGGUGUAAUGGUACACAUUAACCAUGUUCAUCUUGC